AUGAAUUAUCAACGUGCAUACACUAUGGAAAGGAAUGUCGAUUUACCGAUGAAUUAUGUUCUCAGCCAUACGAAUGUCGAUCGAACGGUAUACCACACAAAGGUGUAUGCACCAAAUGUCGAAGUACCAAUGAGACUUGCUUAUACAGAUGGGAAUGCUGCAGUCGUCGAUGUUAUUUCUUCCACUGCCUUUGAUAGACGAAAUAAGCACAGAAGCUUUGAUCAUGAUCCCAGAGUGUAUUUUUAUGAUCACUAA